UCGGUAGGCGGCGGAUGCGAGCGCUGGCGCAGCUGCGGCGGUGGCAGCGGCCGAGGUGGCGGCGGCGGCGGCGGCGCGGGCGGCUGCGACCCCCCUCCCCGCGAUCGGGGCUCUCGGCGGCGGGCCGGGCUGCGCGGUGCGGACCCCGGCGCCGUCCGGGCUGCAGGGGCGGCGCGUCCCCAGAGAUGCCCGUGAUGGCGGCGUGGCUGAGCAGCACCUCCAGCUCCACGCAGAGACUAUUUAAAGCCCUGGACAUCGCCUCCUGAGGUCCGCGGGGGAGCAGAACAUGGCCACGAGCCUGGAUGACGACGUGCCCCUCAUCCUGACCUUGGACGAGGCAGGCGGCGCCCCAGUGGCUCCCUGCAACGGCCAGGAGGAGCUGCCUAGCCAAAAUGGCAGCACCUGUGCCGGCCACAACUCUGGGACCCCCAGCCUGAGCUCAGGGGGCGAGAGUUCCCCCUUGAGCCCCACGGGACACAGCUGGGAGAUGAGUUACCAAGAGGCGGCCAUCUACCUCCAGGAGGGCGAGAAUAACGACAAGUUCGUCACGCACCCCGACAGUGCCAAGGCGCUGGCCGCCUACCUCUUUGUGCACAACCACCACUUCUACCUGAUGGAGCUCGCCACGGCCCUGCUGCUCCUGCUGCUCUCGCUGUGCGAGGCGCCCGCCGUGCCCGCGCUGCGCCUGGGCAUCUACGUCCACACCACCCUGGAGCUGCUGGCCCUGACGGUGGUGGUGUUCGAGCUCUGCAUGAAGCUGCGCUGGCUGGGCCUCCACACCUUCAUCCGGCACAAGCGCACCAUGGUCAAGACCUCCGUGCUGGCCGUGCAGUUCCUCGAGGCCAUCGUGGUACUGGUCCGCCAGACGUCCCACAUGCGGGUGACCCGGGCCCUGCGCUGCAUCUUCCUGGUGGACUGUCGGUACUGCGGCGGCGUGCGGCGAAACCUGCGGCAGAUCUUCCAGUCCCUGCCGCCCUUCAUGGACAUCCUCCUGCUACUCUGCUUCUUCAUGAUCAUCUUCGCCAUCCUCGGCUUCUACCUGUUCUCUCCUAACCCGUCCGACCCGUACUUCAGCAGCCUGGAGAACAGCAUCGUCAGCCUCUUCGUCCUGCUGACCACGGCCAACUUCCCAGACGUGAUGAUGCCGUCGUACGCCCGGAACCCCUGGUCCUGCGUCUUCUUCAUCGUGUACCUCUCUCUCGAGCUCUACUUCAUCAUGAACUUGCUCCUGGCCGUGGUGUUUGACACGUUCAACGACAUCGAGAAGCGCAAGUUCAAGUCCCUGCUGCUGCACAAGCGCACGGCCAUCCAGCACGCCUUCCGGCUGCUCGGCCGCCAGCAGAAGCCCGGCGGCAUCUCCUACCGGCAGUUUGACGGGCUGAUGCGCUUCUACAAGCCCCGCAUGCGCGCCUGGGAGCGCUACCUGACCUUCAAGGCCCUGAACCAGAGCGGUGGGGCCCUGCUCAGCCUGAAGGACUUCUACGACAUCUAUGAAGUGGCCGCCUUGAAGUGGAAGGCCAAGAAAAACCGAGAGCACUGGUUUGACGAGCUACCCCGGACCGCCUUCCUCAUCUUCAAAGGCAUCAACAUCCUCGUGAAGUCCAAGGCCUUCCGGUAUUUCAUGUACUUGGUGGUGGCGGUGAACGGUGUCUGGAUCCUCCUGGAGACAUUCAUGCUGAAAGGUGGGAACUUCUUCUCCCAGCACGUGCCCUGGAGCUACCUCGUCUUUCUCUCCAUCUAUGGGGUGGAGCUGUUCCUCAAGGUGGCCGGCCUGGGCCCCGUGGAGUACCUGUCCUCUGGAUGGAACCUGUUCGACUUCUUCGUCACGGCCUUCGCCUUCCUGGGGCUGUUGGCCGUGGCCUUCAACAUGGAGCCCUUUUACUUCAUCAUGGUCCUGCGUCCCCUCCAGCUGCUGAGGCUCUUCAAGCUGAAGAAGCGUUACCGGAACGUGCUGGACACCAUGUUCGAGCUGCUGCCGCGGAUGGCCAGCCUGGGCCUCACCCUGCUCAUCUUCUACUACUCCUUCGCCAUCGUGGGCAUGGAAUUCUUCUGCGGGAUCCUGUACCCCAACUGCUGCAACACCAGCACCGUGGCCGACGCCUACCGCUGGCUGAACCGCACGGAGGGCAACAGGACAGUGGUGGAGGCGGGGUACUAUUAUCUCAACAAUUUCGACAACCUCCUCAACAGCUUCGUGACCUUGUUUGAGCUCACGGUUGUCAACAACUGGUACAUCAUCAUGGAGGGUGUCACCUCUCAGACCUCCCACUGGAGCCGCCUGUACUUCAUGACUUUCUACAUCGUGACCAUGGUGGUGAUGACCAUCAUCGUCGCCUUCAUCCUUGAGGCCUUCGUCUUCCGGAUGAACUACAGUCGCAAGAACCAGGACUCAGAAGUGGACAGCGGCAUCACGCUGGAGAAGGAGCUGUCCAAGGACGAGCUGCUGGGCGCCCUGGGGCUGCUCCGGGAGACACGGGGGGCCUCGUCCGACGUGCCACGGCUGCUCAGGCUCCUCGCCCAGAUGGAGAGGCAGCAGCAAAACGCCAUGGUGUUCCUGGGACGGAGAUCCAGGACCAAGAGCGACCUGAGCCUCAAGAUGUACCAGGAGGAGAUCCAGGAGUGGUACGAGGAGCACGCCCGGCAGCAGGAGGAGGAGCAGCGCCUGCUCGGUGGGGGGCCAGCCGCCCCCCAGCAGCCCCCGGGCCGCCCCCGCGCCAGAACCAUCACCUAAGGCACCGCGCCUGCGUCCGCAGAACCUCCGCGCUGAGAUGCGCAUUCAGGGCCCACCCCGCGCCACGGGCUCAGUGGGCAGGGCUCGGGGCCACGCAGGAAGCCCACCCCCACCCGGGACAGAUGCUGGGGGUCUGCAGGGACCCCGCCAGCCCACCCAGUCCGCCUGCCAGCCCCGCCUCGGGCCUUUCAGCUCUUGCUUUAGGGACAAAACCACUGAGGAGGGGGUGCCCCGGCGGGGUGGGCAACUCGGGGGCACCCGUGCCCGGCUGCACCCCUGCUGGGGCCUUCCUCCUCCCCAUCGCUCAGCUCAUCGCUAGCCAUCUUGGCGACAGGAGGGCGCAGCCUCGGGGGUCUGGGCAGCACCCAGACUGGGCUGGCGGGGGGGUGGGGAGCCCACAUGCCGCAGGCCUCUCCGGCAGGGCUGGUAAGCCGCGGUGGGGUCGGGGGCCCCUCAGUCGGCCCGAGGGUGGAGGGGCCACUCCAGCCCCCAGCUGCGUGGAAGGGCCCCCACCCACCCACCACCUGUCCCCGCAGUCAUGGCGGACCCCAGGGGCACGCAGCGGGCCCCCACAUCCCCCCCAGAGCCCCCUGGGGGUUCUUGUCAAAGCACAGCUCUCUGGGGAAACUGAGGCAAGGAGAACCACUGAGAUUCCCAGGGGGGCUCGGGAGCCAGGGGCAGUGCUCCUGGCCGGGGGGGCUGUGGCUCCGGGCCCCUCCGCUCCCCCACAAGGAGCUCCACAUUUUGCACACUCAGUGCCUUUUAGCUUUUGUGCGGUGAAACGGGCAUUUCGGAAGCAGGAGGCGUGCUGGCCCCAGACGGAGGCCCGUCCUCUGCCCCGCAGCAGGCCUGUGCAGUGGGGGUGGGGGCACCGGACCCCUGUGGGUGAAGGCAGGGAGCGGGGCAGACUGGGGGCGCCGAGGGCCGGGGGGCCGCCACACACACCGGCCAGCACACUUGCUCACCACCCCGCCCCCUCCCGCCUCCCAGGUGUCCUGGGACCGGGCCCUGCCCCACCCGCUUCGGGGGCCCCGUCCGCCCCCCCUGCUUCCCCCCCACCCCAGCCUUACUCCUCAGCACGCGACUAUCAUUUUGUAUCAGGCCGCAUUUCGGUUUGUACGUUGGCGAUUUGUUACCCAGGAGACCCGGCGUCGGCGCGACUCCGGCACGUGAAUAAAGGCGCCUCAGCUUUGUA